GCCGCUGGGACACCCGGCCCGGAGCACCUGCACCGCCCGGGGCCGCCCCCGGCCCGCCCCUCCCGGCCCCGGCGCUAUAAGAGGCUCGGCAGCGGGGCCGGGCGCUCCGGCUGGCGGCGGGAGGCGGCAGCGGGGCUGGGGCAUCUCCGCCCGCCGCCAUGAAGUCUCCUCCAGCCCAGCGCCCGGCGGGGCAAGCUCCGGGGGAGGACGGCGGGGGCCUGGCGGAGGCGCUGGGCGAGUUCGACGCGGUGCUGGCCGAGUUCUCCUGCCCCGCCGGUCGGCGCCGCUUCUUCUACGGCGAGCACCUGGAGCGCAUGAAGCGGCGGAGCAGCGCCAGCGUCAGCGACGGCAGCGGCCUCAGCGACUCCGAGAGUGCAGAUUCCCUCUACAGAAAUAGUUUCAGUCUCAGUGAUGAAAAGCUCAACUCUUCAACUGCAUCUACUCCAAGCUUGCCAUCCCCUUCAGUAACUCCUUGUAAAGCAAAGCUUGGAGACACAAAAGAACUGGAGGAUUUCAUUGCUGAUCUUGACAGGACUCUAGAAAGUAUGUGAAAUGAAUUUUCAGCAUUGUGCUUGCAUGUGAAUGUCCUCUGAAGGAUAAGUGACAUCAAUCAGUGAGAACUGCUGCCCUUGUCUGAUAACUUUGCUCCCCAAGAUAUCCUCUGAACAUAACCUUUGUGAACUCCUACAAGUAUUUAACUGGCAACAUUGGUGGUUUUUAUUUUAUUUUAUUUUUUCACUUUGCAGCAGAUGGAAUAAGAUAACUUAAAUGUUAGAGCUGUAUUUUGCUUUAAAAGAUAGCUGAAUUUUAAUUUUAAUUUAAAGUUGCUUUUAUGCAAAUAUAUUUGUAAUUUUAUAUAGUUGAAAACUUUAAUGCUUUUUUCCAUUAUAAUAUAUUUUUGUAUGCAAAUAAAUCCUGAGCUGGAAUCCAGAUGUCUGGAAGCUUUCUAUGAACAUUCAAACUCUGAAAUGUAAGUGCAAAUUAAACUCUUAUUGAAAACAA